UCAAAGUCCAGCUGAGGUUACGACCACUCGGCUGCGAAACUAUUUCGACUACGUUGAUUUCCGUCAAUUUAGUUUCGUUGUAUCCGUUGAGUAAUCAAGGAUGAAAGUUUAAGUUGACGUUGUUAACGGGAAAGCAUCUGAAAGGCUCCCCGCAAUGCUGAUAAUUAGAUCAGACUGACGGGGUUGCGAAGACACUCCGAUCCGAUCAUGCCGUUUUCCUGGGAUGCUAACGAGGUUGACUUCAACAAGCUAAAACGCAUUUGCUGCUUGUUUGGGGAGCGAAAAGACAUUUGUUUGUCGCAGGAUAUUGGCUUGGGGAGUGGCGUGUUCUUCAACUCUGUGCUGUCAGCAGUGAUGGGGAACUUCUAGAUAUACCAACUUGUGGCCAGUGGCUCUGCCUUUACAGUAUGGUUCCUGGUGGACAUGAAACAGCCAGUUGGCAACUGAGAAUGGGGUUAAAUUGCUUUGUGCUCAGCACUUAUAUGUGGGGAAGAUGGAUGAAGCAGAUGUCUGCCUUUAGUGCUUUCAUCUGAAGAAUCUGUCUGUCUCAAUGAAGUAUCCAGAGGGGAGAAUGUCUGUCGAGGCCUCCAUGCCGAUUUCUGUGCAGAGUUGGUUUGGCCAUGAGCUUGAGAUUCGAGGGAUUGACGCUGUCGUCUACACCCGCUACAUAAUCAGCCUGCUCAAACAGGACCAGGUGGAAUUGGACCCAGGAGAGGCAGAUGCAGAUCAUUUAUGGGGCAGAAAAUAUGAUCUGCGAAGGAUUCGUGGAAAGAAAAGCGAAAGGAAGAAAGGGCAGGGUGCAUCAGAAGAAGACCUGAAAAAGAAUGCUGCUGUAGAAUGCCUGAUGGCAAUCUCAGAUGAGGCAACUGAUAUUGAAGAUCUUGUGGAAGAACUUUUCACUCGCCUGAAAGAAAUAAAUGCUCAAAAAGAAAAUUGUGAGCCUCCCAUCGAUCCAUCAAAUCAAGAAUCUUGCCCAGAUGGUUCUGUGACUGCUUCGGCAUGUGAAGAUCCUGCCGAAAGGUAUUAUGCGGCCUUUCCAGCUCUGCAAGGUCAUGGCAGUCAGGCUCAGAUUUCCCCAUCACAGUGCGAUACAAGUGUCUGGAGUAAAAAUCCCAUUACAAGCCAGCUGAGUGAGCCUUCACACGAUACUCAAGAUGAUGCAAGUGAAACUUGCGGACAGAAAGGAUCGUGUGAGGGGAAAUCUCAGAGAACAUCUCAGAAAACUUUGUCAGGGAAAGAAGGAAACAACAUGCACAAGAAAUCUGCAGCAGGUAAACCCACAAUUAAUCUGAAAGCUAACAAACAGGGUCAUCAUCGGCAAGGAAAAUCUAAAAAGGAAAAGGGUCUAAACAGAGCAGCCAGGUUACUGAGUUGGCCACCAGAUGUCCCCAAGAAACCAGACAACCAGAGAAAUGAUUCUGUGCAUUUGUAUCCUAACCACUCAAAGGCAAGAAGCAUGUCACAAACAAGGGUUGGAAAUGUGAAGAAUGAAGAUGUCUGUCCCCAUAAUCCAAUAGCAUCCACUCCAAGAGGUAAAAAACAGAGUUUACGGCCAAGUUCCAGACAUGUACGUGGCUUUAGUUCUUCUGUCAGCCCAGAGUUGAAGGAGCAUGAGUCCUGGUACACUCAACCUCUGGAUGGUAUUCUCAGUUCCAUACCAGACACCAAAGGUCGGCUGUUUAAUCGCCAUAGUUUGUCCUUAUCAGAUCAGUUCAGCUCUGGUCUCCCCAGUUCUGUCGAGUCUUCACCACCUGACUCGCCCAAUGCCCUCCUGAAAGCGUCAGUGGAUGAUGUAUGGGAUAUGGGGGAUAAUGAGCAGUUUUCAGCACGCUUUACAGAGCUCAGCCUGCCAGCAUUCUUCAUGACUGGCAGUGAUAUAGACCAUGUGAUGCCUCAGCAGUUCAGCUGCCUUGAACAAGAGCCUUGGAGUUUCCCCUUUCCUGAUACUCCAUGUGUACCUGGAAUGUCCGAGCCUAAGAUUAUAACAGGAGCAACUACUACCUCAUAUGGCUGUCCUUCGGAUGAUCCUAAUCCUGCACAGCUCCAAGAUAUUAGCCUUGCGGCCAAAUCAGAUGUAACAGCAGAAAUCCAUGUUAACCCAAUACACUUCCUGGAUUCUCUGGAAGAACCUUGUAGUCAGAGCUCUCCAUCACAGUACAAGGCCUGGGGAUCUCUCCCUCUGGAAAUGGAUGACUUUGUUCCGAAUCUGUCUGAUUCCUUUGUUCCUUCACCUUCUGGAAGCUGGACCUCUCGAAAAGAUGUCCAAAGGUCGUCCAGCAAUGUAACCUCACCUGUUGAUGGACAGCCCUAUGACCUGGCAAGUGAUACAAGCCCAAAUUUCUAUAGCUUAUCGCAACUUAGUUCACCAGGUCUUCUGAAGCCUUUAGCUGAAGAGGCCCUGUUCUGUUUUGGUGAUGACUUCAAUUGUUUCCUGUCAGAAUCCUCCAUGAAUUUAUUUGGGGACUUCAGUUCUAAGCCUAAGCAACUCCCAGUACCACCAACUUACCUGGAAAAUUCUGAUUUCUGGACAUUUACAGCUCCUAAGAAACAUGGUGUGUUUUCAGCAAUGCUUUUCACAGAUCUGACUUCACCAGUGCUCUCACAAGAUCACUAUUUGGUUUCAAGCCCAUGGUACUGGACCCAUUUCCUGGAUGAUGCCAGUUUACAAAAGGUGUGGGACAGCCAGCAUCACCUAACUUGUAAAGCGUCUCCAUUGGGAUCUGCCUCUAUGUGGUUUGCAGCAAAAACCUCUGAUGAACCUGGUUUGGAAGAUAAUUAUUUACAAAAAGUCUGGAACUCACAACAGUACAGCUGUAUAACUUCUCCGCUACAUGUUUCCUUGCUUGGCACAAUUCCUGAAGACCUACCCCAGCCUUACAUUCCGUUCUGGCUUCAUGAUAAUAAACCUGUUCCUGCAGAAAUCACUGUAGAAGAUCACAGUGACCCACAAGACACUGACCAAAGAGACAGUAUGUUACAACCAUGCAGUACUUUAUGGAAGCAUCCGAGAAGUGUGUCCUUGGAAAACCUGUCCAAGACAGUGUGGGAAGGUGGCAGUCUGGAGAACACCACUCAGCUGUCCAAGAGCUUUGAGCUUGUGCCAUCUGAGCAUUCAGCCUUUGAGGAUGUUGUACCAAGAAAGCUGUCUCAUGUUCUAAGUGAGCCAAUCAUGAAGUACUGCCAAACCAGUCCUAGACUGGCAGCUGGGGACUGGGAUGAACAAAGUCCAGUGGAGUCAGACGUGGGAGCAGACUCUCAAGAGCAUUUGUUUUUUUCCUCAAAAACUCACUUUAGACCCAUCCAAACUCCAGAAGGUCAGACCCAUGGAGCUUCUCCUAAUGAAGGUGUGGAGAUGCAUCUGAAGGACUUGUUUGGAGGUCACAUGGCCACAUCCAAAACACCGUAUCAGGCUUACAUGGGGAUGGAGAAUCUAGAGGCUUCAUUCAUUCCCAAGUUCCGAGUCAAGAGAAAUAGUGGGAAAUAUGUACAAACUGGACAGUUUGUUGAAAACAUGGAAAAUGUAGAGAAUAAAGAGGAGGAAGAAAGUGAGGAUGUGAUUGAUGACAAGCUGAACAUAGUACUCGAGGUUCUUGGAGAUAUUGGGGAAAGUUGUGAAGGGGCUGUAGCCUCAGAGUUGGCAGAUGGUGGAGCAUCUGACACCAGCGAUACAGUGUCUGCCCAGUUUUCUGAAGAAGAGUGGAAUCUAAGAAGCUUGUGGAAAGAUAACUCAGAAUUAGAAAUCACAGAAAAUGAACUUAUAUUUCAGCCCACCAUGCCAAAUAAACCUUACCCCAUCAGUAUAUGGAGUACUGGUGAGGACGCUGAAAUCCCACCGCUACCUAAGAUUGAUAUGGUCAAUCAAGGGUCGUAUUGGCCCCCAACAGAAAGCCCAAAGAAGAAGAGUACAAAAGUGGGGUCAGUCCUAAUGAAAGCCCUGGUCUCUGAUAGUGCUGGAUGCUUAAACAGUCCAGCGAGUGAAGACCACGACGAUGAUCAGAAUGUCACACGAUUCAAGUUGGACCCUGAUCUGCUGAACUGGACAGAGUUUGCCCCUCUACCAGAUCAAGCCGUGUAUUCUUCGGAGCUGGAGCAUAAAUGGCUGAACUCAGAAGAUAACACAAGUGAUGUUUCUUCUGCAGACAACAGAACCAAAAAAAAACGGAGCUGGAAGCCGUGCAGUUUCUUUCUUGAGGGUCACUGUAGACGAUCUGACUGUAAAUUUGCACAUGACAUGUCCAGUAUCACCUGUCGUUUUUGGGAAGAUGGUGACUGCUUUAAAGGCAGUACGUGUCCAUUUUUACAUGGUUAUCCAAGUGAUGAGGUGGACACUAAACCGUCAGCGACCAGAAACAUCUCCUCUGAGACGAAAAGUGGGGAUUUCCCAAGUCCCUCAAAAUCAAUAAUGCCAUCAGAUGAGACAGCAAACACUAGUUUAUUAAAAGCUGUGAAGAGAGCGGCUAUAAUCAAGAAGGGUUGGAGUGGAUCUGGAAACUUGAGAGGAACUUCAAAAGAGAUUGAGAAAGAUGAAAGAGAAUUCAUUCCAAGGAAAAAUUGAUUGGAGCAAGACAUUGUUACUGGUUAUACGUUGCAGGAGUUGUAUUAAUAUUAUACCAUAGGAGUGCAGUAUGUCCAUGGUAAAAGUGUUCUGUGAUUUAUUAUGAUUUAAACAUGUUGUAUUAUAAGGUAGAUUAGUGCGGACAUGCGGUCAUUUUGUCCAGGCUCCUCAACCAAUUAUAGCUGGGCUCACAUUGACUGCUUUGAGGUAUGAAUUUAAGUUGGUAUAGUACAUGUACAUGAAUACUUUGAUAAAGAUUGUUCUGUAUUACAAGCACAGUGUAACUUACAUUAGUGCAUGUAUGUGUGCCGUCAUCAUUUUGUAUUUUGCUGUCCAGGGUGUUUUGGCCACCUGAUGGCUGUUUAUCUUUGCCUGACAGCAAAUAUAGGCUUAUGUUUUUGUACAGAAUAUAACUUAGGUGUUUUGAAGGGAUAGUUUUAAUAUUUGUUGUAUGCAUAUAGAUGAGGUGAUGUAUUGAAACCUGCUGCCUCCCAAUGUAAUAUGUCGUCAUGACAAAAACCAGAUGGACAUUUGCGUUCUGUUACACCCGACAUUGGUGUGAAACUAGAAAGACAGAGUGAGCAGUUAUAAUCUGGUCUUGUAGAUAUAUAUUCAUGUGAAAGUGCAGUUGUCCAUUUUGGGGAUUCCAUGGCAACGAUAUGACCAGUGUAGCAUAUUCUCUUUGCACAGAGUAUGUCUGUCAGUAUCUCUCGAUGUUGCCAUCUUAUUUAGUACAAGCUUGUCUCUGGUUAAUGCCAGUGUUGAGCAACAUCCAGGAAUAUUACUGAUGUGCUGGUUUAAUUAUCUGUUGUCAACCAUGUCAACAUAAUAUUUACAAGCUUUGCCAACUUAAAUAACCUUUCAUACUUGUGCUUGUAUUCAUCGCAGGAUUUCUUAAACUUUGUAAGGUUUUACUUUAGAUCUGUCUAUUGGGUCGAACUAGCAGACUAUUCAGAAGGUUCAGGUUCAAACCCAGCUUGUAUUGGUGAUUAGCCUUACAGUGUCGAGAGGCUUAAGAGGAUGGCUUGGACGACAGUUAAUAAAGCUUAUUUCAUAUGCGGAAACCUUUCAAUUUGAAGACAGAAGUGAAUGUUGUAAGACCUUUGCAUGGCAUUGUUUUCACAGAUAUAAUUGGCUGAGGAGGAAGUACAUGUACCAUUUGUUUGAGCAUGUACUGAAAAGCAAUAAGUCCUAGAAUUGCAUAUGUUCUGGAAGAUUCAAAGGACAAGAGUUCAUGUACUUGUAAUGUAGAUGUAAAUGUUUGAAUUGUUUAACUAAAGAUGUUAGUCAUUUGUGUUCUACUGUCCAAUAUUGUUAAGGUCGUUGGUAUGUAAAUCCCCAAUAUUUAUAUGGGGAAAGGCCUACACUUGGUGAGCAAUUGUUAAACAUACUAACUGUUGGUUGCAAUGUAAUUAAAAUAAUAUUGUUUGUAAGCCACUAUUCUGUAAACAUUAGUUGAACAUUCUUUUACACCCUGCUCUGUCAAUUGACAUUCUGACGUACCUGGUGGCUUGUAGUGGUCUGACAUAUUUUAUCUGUGAGAAGAGAGGACUAUUACUAUUGACCAAUUCAUUCAUGUCUUUCAACAUAAUUUUGUUUGAUAGAUGAUGAAUCCACCAUUAGACUCACUGCAGUCUCAACCAGAGCAGUGUGUCUCUGAUCGAAGUAGUAUAAGUAUGUUUAGUGUAGGGAAAAUCAUCUUUGGUAUAGUGACUUACAUACAAUGUCGUUUUAAUUAGUUUGCUGUUGUUUGAUGUCAGCACAUGUUACAGGUCAUUUAGCAUAUAUUUAGGUGUGAUGUGUGAGAAAAAAUGGAUAUUUCAUAACACCUGGUAAAAUUUACCAGUGUAGAUGUAACUAGUUUUUGGAAAGUGUAGUAAACUUCAGUGUAGAGCUAUUGGGCUCUAAACAAGAUCUCUGAUGUUGAGACUACCAAUAUCUAGCCUAGAUAUUGAAACUGUAUUGGGUCUGGGCAGAGAUUGUGGAGUCCCACAAGACUAAUAUUACAAGUAAUAAUGUUUUGUUGUAGUAGUAGAGAGUUACUUGUUAUCUGUAUUGAGGAAGUUGCAUUUGUAUACAGUGAUAACACUGUCAUGAUCAGUUUUCCAAAGCUGGUUUGCUAAACUUACAGUAAAGCAUAUCACCCUUUUUUUUUCCCACAACACUACAUGUUGUACUCCUAGUUUAUGUGUAGAUACCAAAGACAAGAAACAAUAAUUAAAGUUUUCUUCCAGUAUGAUACACUGUAACAGGUGCAGUUGAAACUGUGACUUUGCUACUGUUUAAUUGUAUGUUUUAUGACCGCAGCGAAGUGGCAGAUUUCAGCUUGCUGAAGAUUCUGAUAACUUGAGUCUAAAAAUAGUUAUAAAUGUAACAAGACAUCCAACUUUAAGGUUUUUUUUUUUUUUCCCCACUAGAAUUCAGCAGCACAACUAAACCGUUCCCAAAAGUUUUUAGUGUUGUUUGCGUGGUUUGCGUAGAUAGUGUUCAGAUCUAGGAAUCCAACAAUACUAUGCAAUUCAUCAGAAUCCAAAGCCCACAGUUUUGGCCGAGAGCAAACAAUGUUGAAAUAUCAAAUGCAUAAAAUGAGCAAUUGAGCUGCUAUUCACUAAUAUAUUUGCCUGGUCCUGUGUGUCGGGUUACCUGUAUUUUUUUUUUUUUUUUU